GGAGCGCGCCGAGCCGGGGCCGGGCGGUGGCGAGGGCUCCGCGAUGCCGCUGCUGUUCCUGGAGCGCUUCCCCUGGCCCAGCCUCCGCACCUACACGGCGCUCAGCGCCCUGGCGCUGCUGGGCGCCGGCCUCAGCGCCUACCGCGCUCUCAGCCAGGCGCCCUGCGGGGCGGCGGGCACCGAGCCGGCCGAGCCUCAGCGCUGCGCCGGCCCGCGGGCCCUGGACGUCGCCUACUACCUGCUCUCGGACAGCCUCUGCGUCUGGGUACUAGUGAACACUGCCUGCUGUUUUCUGAUGCUGGUUGCUAAGCUAAUCCAGUAUAUGGUGUUUGGUCCUCUUCGUGUCAGUGAGAGGCAGCAUCUCAAGGAUAAAUUCUGGAAUUUCAUUUUCUACAAGUUUAUCUUCAUUUUUGGUGUGCUGAAUGUUCAGACGGUGGAAGAAGUAGUGAUGUGGUGCCUCUGGUUCUCUGGACUUGUGUUUCUCCAUCUGAUGGUUCAGCUCUGCAAGGAUCGCUUUGAAUAUCUUUCCUUUUCUCCUACCACACCCAUGAGCAGCCACGUGAGAGUGCUGGCCCUGCUCAUAGCCAUGCUCCUGUCCUGCUGUGGAUUAGCAGUUGUCUGUGGAGUUGUUGGCUACACCCAUGGCAUGCACACCUUGGCUUUCAUGGCAGCAGAGUCUCUGCUGGUGACAGUCAGAACUGCUCAUGUGAUUUUAAGAUAUGUUGUUCAUCUCUGGGAUCUCAACCAUGAAGGAACUUGGGAGGGCAAGGGCACUUAUGUCUACUACACAGAUUUUGUCAUGGAGCUAACCCUGCUUUCCCUGGACUUGAUGCAUCAUAUUCAUAUGCUGCUGUUUGGCAACAUCUGGCUGUCCAUGGCGAGCCUGGUGAUUUUCAUGCAGCUGCGUUACCUGUUCCACGAGGUGCAGCGGCGAAUUCGGCGGCACAAGAACUACCUGCGUGUGGUUGGAAACAUGGAGGCCAGGUUUGCAGUUGCAACACCGGAGGAGCUGGCAGUGAACAAUGAUGACUGUGCCAUUUGCUGGGACUCCAUGCAAUCUGCACGGAAACUCCCCUGUGGCCACCUCUUCCACAACUCGUGCCUGAGGUCCUGGCUGGAACAAGACACAUCCUGCCCCACCUGCAGAAUGUCUCUGAAUAUCACUGACAGCCACCACGUGAGGGAGGAUCACCAGAGGGAGAACCUGGAUGAGAACCUGGUGCCGGUGGCAGCAGCAGAAGGCAGACCCCGCCUGAACCAGCACAAUCACUUCUUCCACUUUGAUGGCUCUCGAAUUGCCAGCUGGCUGCCCAGUUUCUCUGUGGAAGUGAUGCACACAACCAACAUCCUUGGAAUUGCACAAGCCAGCAACUCCCAGCUCAAUGUUAUGGCCCAUCAGAUUCAGGAGAUGUUCCCUCAGGUCCCUUAUCACUUAGUCCUGCAGGAUCUGCAGCUAACUCGUUCUGUGGAGAUCACCACUGACAACAUCCUGGAAGGGCGCAUCCAGGUGCCUUUCCCCACACAGCGUGCAGACAGCAUUAGACCUGCAUUGAACAACCCUGUGGAAAGGCACAGUACUGAUCAGGAGGAUACUGGAACUGUCACACAGACUGAGAGAGUGCCUCUUGAACUGAACUCUAGACUGGAAGAAAUGGUGGAAUUCAACGAGAUGGAAGCAGAACCUAAUGAAGCAGAAGAUUUUGAGGCCAGGGGAAGUCGCUUUUCCAAGUCAGCCGAUGAGAGGCAGCGAAUGCUGGUUCAGCGGAAGGAGGACUUGUUGCAACAAGCUCGAAAGCGUUACUUGAACAAAACCUCCGAUGAGGAGCUGAGCACAGAGAAGCCUUUGCCCGAGGGAGCGGCGGCCGAUGCCGCCACCCUGCGCCGCAGGACCCUGGCUGCCGCCGCCGAACGGAGACUUCAGAUGCAGCAAAACUCUUAGCGCUCGCUGCCCCUCCUCCUCCUCCUCGUGAGCAACGUUGAAUAAAUAAAUUACAUACAAAAAACCCUGCGCUUUCUAUACCAGCAAGAAAGUGUCUCUUCAGAGUUCAGCUGGCUGUGCUGCCGAGUGAGCUGGCUGCCUCUCUGCUGUAUAAAGCAUGUGGUCUAAUAAUGUUUGGACAGCUGACAAAUUAACCUUUUUUGUAAUAUUUUCUAUGUGACGUUGAUCCUCUACACAACAAAAGGCAAUUUCUAAACCACGGGCAUGACUUCUGCAGCUGGCAUGAGCUAUGGGGCUGACGGCACAGCAGAGGCUGGGGAAGUGUGUUCUGAGGUAGCUGUGGGUGCAGGGCACGGAGUGCACAGGCACGUUCUGCUCGAAAUCAGGGCCAGUUACUCCGAGGAAGGAAGCUUAGAAGCUUGCAGCAAGCCCUGUGUUAGACGAGCAGGCUCCUCGGUCCCUGUUCCUUCAGCAGCCAAGGUGUUACGUAGGGCGGCUUGAAGGGCUGGGGGAGCCUCGCUGGGAGGUUCUUACACUGGAUGAAGUUGUCUGGCUACACAACACAGAAAAACCUGAAUUCAUGAAUUGUGCAGCAAAGCGCCGAUUCCUGCAUAAA